CAAGAGAGAAUGCGGCAGGAGUGGGGGACAGCAGGCCCCCAAAAAGCGCACAGAUGCUCUGUGCGGGUCAGCUAGUAGAAAAGAUUGCAUAGCCAUUACCAUUCAUUUUGCAAACAGAUCUGUGAAACUCAAUGACACUUAAUAUAGUAUAGUAAAGACAUUUAUUUUGAUUAUAUUCAAGAACAAAGAAAAUUGAGAUGGCAUCUCUGAUUACCAACUGAAGUAUAAGAGCAAACACAGAGCAACUAGGGCAACAAUUUGUUCAUUCAGGGUUGCACCAAAUAAAGGACUGAGCAUAAGUCGCACUUAUUAACCAUCACCCCUAAAAUAGAUUGUUUUGCUCUUUUAGGGAGGAAAUGUGUCAGCAUGUUCUAAGGUAACCAAGCAAUGUUCCCUAUCUCAUGUUCUGAACUGGCAUGCAGUAAAAUGUCCCUUUAACUUUAACAAACAAAGUGUAAAGUCAGGAAGAAUUCCAUCCUAGCAAUCUUGCCUCCUUCUCCACUCAGAUCCCUGCUAAUUGAGCAAAGAGGCAUCUUUUAAAGUGGUGAUUCUCUUAUAUUUAGCAGCAGGAGAGCAACUGGGUCUGUUCAACCCCAACACAGCAUCCCUCUAGUGGCUGUUGCUGGUGGCUACCUUAUGUUUCUUUUUAGAUUGCAAACCCUUUGUGGACAGGUAACCAUCUCAUUUUUAAUGAUUUAUUUUUCUAUGGAAACAGCUUGGGAAAUUUCUCUUGAAAAGUAGUAUGUGUGUGUAUAAAUGAUUGAGGGCCAAGCAAGCCCUUGUAUUGCUAGCAGCCUUAAGGCAGGAAAAAGAAAGGCUUCCUGAGCUAAUUAUAUGUGAAACUACUAUAUAUCUUUAAUUUCUGUCAGGACAUUUACUAUACUAAGCAUUCAUCAGGGGCAUCUCUAGCAAGUGAUUGGGGAAGUUGCACCUAUUGAGCGUCUGCCUGAAUGCAUCCCACCCUAGCCCAAUGUCCAGUUGAAGGAACAAGGCAAAGUGUGAGUGCAUGGAAGCUAAUUUCUAAAGCCAGCAUAAUAUACCAGACUGUACAAAGUCUUUACAGCUUAUAUGGUGUGGAAGUUAAGAUGGGCACCUUAACUUGGAAUUUCCAAGCUUUUUAGAGCACAAGUGAAGGGUUUUGGAUGUCUGAAUUUCCAGGCUUUUUAAAAAGGAAAAUCUGAUUAUGCACUGUGGGGAAGAGAAGUGUAACAUGUCACUUAUCCACAGUAGCUAAGUGGAGCAUUCAUAUUCAUAGGUAGUGUACCUACAUAAGGGAAGUGCAUGAACCAAGGUUCAUGCACUUGUUCGGUGCCAAAGGGAGGGGAAUGGGAUCUUUUUAAAAGAGGAGAGCAGGUCCUUACCUGCUCUCUGCUGCCGCAUGCAGCUUCCUGCUGCACAUGCACGGGUGCCAUUCGCAUGAUCAUGGUGUUGCUGACCACACAAAUGACGCCCACGCAUGGACACCAUGUGCAUGCCGGCACUGUGCACGGGUUUUUGGAGACAGUGAUAUCAUAGCAGGAAGCUGCAUGCAGCAGCAGAGAGCAGGUAAGGACCUGCUCUCUUUUUUUUAAAAGGUCCCACUUGCUGCUCCCCUCCCCAUUUCAGACAUCAUCUGAACCGGUUUGCCACCGAACCAGUGCAUGAACCUCAGUUUGUGCACAUCUUUAAACUACAUGUUCUACAUCAGAAUCUGUGUUCUACUUCAGAGGUGUAUGCCUUCACAAGUCCCUUUAUCACCCCACUCCUUCUGCUUCAUGUAGCAAGUUCCCCCAUCACCUCGCCGCAGCUUUGUGCUUCCUCAUAAGUCCAUUCGCCCCACCUUCAGUUCCUUUGCAAAGUCUCUAAUGACCUCCAUGCAUUCCUUCACAAGCUGAUGUACCCCUCUGCCACUAACAUGGGUAUAGCGCUUGGAGGAAGUACACUUCCCAGAUGUCUUUCCUAAUGGCACUGUUAGCCACAGCCCUAUGGACCUGAGGCUGCAGAAGAGACCCUCCCAGCACUAAGAAUGGGAUGAUCUGGGCAGAGAUAGCCAUGAUAGGAACAGCCGUCCCAUGCAGCAUCAACAGGAUGCUGCAAAUUCUUUAGGAUUGUUAGACUAGGGCUGUUCAUUGGGAGUUCUCAAUGAACAGCCCUAAUAGCCUGUUUUCUAAAGCAGAGGGUGGGGUGUGUGUACCUGCACCUAGUUGAUAUCACCUAGUGUCACCUAGUUGAUAUCUCUAAACUUUCAGGCAAAUUGGGCAGAUGGUUUAGAUUUUAUCACAAAUAGAAUGCUCAGAGUUAUAAUGUGAGAAUGCUAAAACUCAUCCUAAUCUAAAUUGUAUUGGCACUAUUCUGCCAUAAGGACAGUUUAUUUGGUAAGAGUUUUGUUUCACUAUGGAAGCUCCCUCUGCAGUGGCAACUUUUCCUUUCUACUGAAAAACUGCUGAUUUUGAUCAGGACGUUUUUGCAAGUCACUGUAGUGUCUUAAGCCUCAUUUGAUAGAAGUUAUUACGCAUGCUUCUCCAAAUUAAUAAAUGAACAGGCCUCAAUAAAAGGGCAUAGAAUGUAUCUUCAAACUUGCAGAAUACUACCCCCACGUUAGCUUUUAAAUGUUCUUAAGAUUUUGUUAAAUAACCCAUAGUUAUUACAGAAUAUUUUAAUUCUGUAUUGGAAACAGUUGCCAACUCAGCCCAACAGAGCAAUCAGGAUCCGAAUUACAAAAUUUUCAGUUUUAUCCUGAUUAAGGUUAUUCUAAAACUUGCCUACCAAAUAAUAUGAUAAUCACACAGGUCUCGAAGCACAAGGUAGCACUUCCUCAUGUUGAACACCAAAAUUUCUGUAACUCCUUCAACUAAAAUGAACUCAGAAUUUUCUUCAAAAAUACAAAACUAAAUGAAAUUAGUGGAUGCAGUAACAGUGGCAGUGUGAUCCCACCUCAUGACUGCUACAACAAUGAAUGAGGACACCACAAGAAGCAGGACAAGCUUCCAAAUUCUUGGAAAUCCAGUUCUUUCUCCUUUUUCUCCUUCUUCCCCUCAAGACACACAGAUCUUAAGUAAGCCAUGGAAAGGUGGAGAAAGGGCUGCUCAAGUUCUCAGGGCAAAGUUGGCCUCUCAGGAGGGUGCUCAGGAUAAGUGUUAAACUGCUAUCAAAAAUUUGUUCAGUUAUUAAGAAAAGAACCGUCAUUGUUCAUGGAGUUUUUCAUCAGUAUGUCUGAAACCAUUAAGUAUAAUGACGACGAUCACAAAACUGUGUUUCUGAAAACGUUAAAUGAACAACGAUUGGAAGGAGAAUUUUGUGACAUAGCUAUUGUUGUUGAAGACGUGAAAUUCAGGGCCCAUAGGUGUGUGCUUGCUGCUUGUAGUACCUACUUUAAAAAGCUUUUCAAAAAACUGGAAGUUGACAGUUCAUCAGUCAUUGAGAUAGAUUUCCUUCGAUCUGAUAUAUUUGAGGAAGUGCUAAAUUAUAUGUACACAGCCAAGAUUUCAGUUAAGAAAGAAGACGUAAAUUUAAUGAUGUCAUCUGGUCAGAUUCUUGGUAUUAGAUUUUUGGAUAAACUCUGUUCUCAGAAACGUGACGUAUCUAGUCCAGAAGAUAACUCGCAAUCAAAAAACAAGUAUUGUCUUAAAAUAAAUAGAUCAAUUGGUGAGUCUAAUGAUAACCAGGAUGAUGAGGUGGAGGAAAUUGGAGAUCAUGAUGACAGCCCGUCGGAUAUGACAAUGGAAGGAACUCCUCCAAGUCAGGAAGACGGCAAAUCACCAACUGCUACUUUAAGAGUUCAGGAAGCAAUUCUGAAAGAGCUGGGGAGUGAAGAGGUUCGAAAGGUAAACUGCUAUGGUCAGGAAGUAGAAUCCAUGGAAACUGCUGAAACAAAAGAGUUAGGAUCCCAGACUCCUCAAGCACUUGCAUUUAAUGAUGGCAUAAGUGAAGUCAAGGAUGAACAGACACCAGCAUGGACAACAGCAGCUGGUGAUAUGAAGUUUGAGUAUUUACUUUAUGGCCACAGGGAGCAGAUUGCAUGUCAGGCCUGUGGUAAAACCUUUUCUGACGAGGCACGUUUGAGAAAACACGAAAAGCUCCAUACUGCUGAUAGACCUUUUGUUUGUGAAAUGUGCACUAAAGGCUUUACUACUCAAGCCCACUUGAAAGAGCACCUCAAGAUCCACACGGGUUACAAGCCCUAUAGUUGUGAAGUAUGUGGGAAGUCUUUUAUUCGUGCUCCAGAUCUAAAGAAGCAUGAGAGAGUUCACAGUAAUGAAAGGCCAUUUGCAUGCCACAUGUGUGACAAAGCAUUCAAGCACAAGUCUCACCUGAAAGACCACGAAAGAAGACACAGAGGCGAAAAGCCUUUUGUCUGCAGCUCUUGUACUAAAGCAUUUGCCAAAGCAUCUGAUUUAAAAAGACAUGAGAACAAUAUGCACAGUGAAAGGAAACAGGUAACCACGACGAGUGCACUCCAAAGUGAAACGGAACAGUUGCAGGCAGCAGCCAUGGCUGCUGAGGCAGAACAACAACUUGAAACCAUAGCUUGUAGUUAAAGGCAAAAGUACCAGUCUAUUGAAAAGUGUUUGGUCUCAUAAACUCACCACUGACAAAAACAUUUUUAAAGGGAUUUAGGUAGUAUGAAAAGUAGUUUACAAUUUGCAGCAAAGAUCACUCUGUCCAUGACACUAAACAUGGGGUAAGGCCUUCAGGUGAAAAUUCAACCUGAUACAAAUAAGAAAUAGAUUUUACCCAGUAUUUACUCCUCUAUUAAAACUAUGGGUUUAAAUGCAUGCCUAGUCUUAUCGGAGUAAACUCUAUGCAUGUUAAAUGGAAGGCCUUACAUUCCAGUGUACAGUGAAAUUAAGCCAAAGCAUGAGCCUACCCCAUCGAUCUCAGUUCUUCUGGCAUCUCAAUCCUAAGCAUAUUUGCUGUGAUCCAAGGAAUCCCCACAUUCCCUUAGGUUGUCAAUUAACGAAGAGAGAAAUGACAAGACGGGAUACUGAGACAAGAGUGGGGGGAGUAUUUAAACCCAAAUGCCAAUUAGGGAUUCAUUGGAUUGCAGUCAUUAUGUGGAAAUAAGCCUCAUGAGUUUCAGUAGGAAUUAGUUCCAUGUAAGUAUGACAAGAUCAUCUUAACUCCAAGCCCUUUGGUUUCAUUGUCCCACAGAUUGUGCUGUUAGUAUUUAACACCUUAAAUAAAUUAUGUUUGCUAUAA